AUGUCGCUGCUUACGAGGCAUCCCGCCAGCUCCACAACCGUUUGUCUAUGUAUUUUCCUUUGUAUCAUCGUGUUCGUCGACUGUUUUGAGGAAGCGUCGGCACGAGUUUACGUCGUCAAAUCGCAGAAGAAGCCCGUCUCCAAAAAGUGCAGAGUAAGUUUUUGGCCUUCUCGCGGAUUCCGCCUCCGCGAAACCCGAAACUCGCCAAGACCCUUAGGGUCUUUUCGCUAAACCUUUUUUCAUAUUCCGCAGCUACAGCUCCUUGGCCGGCCUGAACUAUGGCUGAAAUAUCGCUGUUUUGCAAUGUAGAUGGGAGCAGGGAGUUUGAGUCAGCCACAGCGGGAUUCACAUUUCGGGUAUAAUAUUCGAUUGGCCCAUGGCCGGAAUAAUUCAUCGACCAAACAUGGUCGAGGAAUCGGGAAGAGGGCAGAGUGUUUGUAGGAUAUCGGAAUUCCUGAUGUUGGACGUAAGAGUUGUUUUUUCGUAGUAGGAAAAAAGUUGGGAGUAGUUCCGACAAAAGCAAGAAUCGCGGGGGAAAGAGUAUUUUUGGAAAUUUGAGAGUUUACCGUAGGCAAAAUAUUAAUGUUUCACUGAGGGGGUUUUCUACCUGUGACUGCGCUAUUUUUUGCUGAUUCUUGGUGUAAAUUUGGUUCUAAGGAUUUCUAAAGUAUGCUUGGAAGUUUUCUGAUGUUCUGGAAAAAAAUUGAUGAGGUUUUUAGCCCAAUAAUUGGAUAAAAAGUAAAACUUUUUUGGAUUUUUGCCCAUGAAAAAGCAUAAGCGGUAGCAGAGGAUCCAUUCGGGAAAACCAUUUUUUCACCACGUACUCUGCAAUGACAUAGUUGGAAAAAUUUAACAAAUUUUUUGUCUCGCCACUCUCCUCAGUUUGCUGUCUCUCUGCUAGAAAAAUAAUUGCUUAAUUUUUCCGUUGGGGGUAAAAAGGGAAGGCUUAAAUUUUCAAUGAUUAACAUAUGCCCUACUUACAGUAAAUUUACAAAAUUUCUGUCGGGAAAACAGUGAGGGCCGUCUCGUGUCAAUCGUGUCGCUGAAAAGUAAUUAGAUUUUUUUGCUAUGCGAUUUUCGAGUCUUCAGAAUGCUCAUUAUUUUCCCGACAAGAUUGAUAGAAGAUUUUUCCAAUUUUUUCAAAAAAAGUUACAAAUCAAUUUCCCUAACCUUCUCCAUUUCCAGGUCCAUGUAAAUACCCAUCUACACGUGGUGAUGGACCGAAUCUGCAUGCUGUGCCAUGAAAUGUUCUCGCACGAGAACCCCAACUUCCGAGCGGACUGCAGCUCCAACUGCUUCAAAUCGGAGCACUUCCGGAAAUGCUUGAAUGUGUUCGGUCCGAUGGAGGCGCCCAAGAUCAUCAACGAGAUGGACAAAUACGAGUGA